AAAGAGUUGAUUGAAUUGCGGUUCUUGUGUCCAUCGGAUGUCCCGAAAGUGAAACAAUUAUGUAGUGAUUGGUUCCCAAUCGAAUAUCCUGACAGUUGGUACGAAGACAUCACAUCCAACCCCAAGUUCUUCGCAUUGGCCGCUGUUUUUCGCUUUGAAAUCAUUGGCCUAAUUGUGGCCGAAAUCAAGUGUCAGACCAAAUGUAAUCGCGAAGACCAGGGAUUGUUGGCCACGAGUUUGGCCAACAAUUCGCGUGUUGUGUAUAUAUUGACGUUAGGAGUGGUGAAGGAGUUCCGGCGCAAUGGCAUCGCAACCCUAUUGUUAGACAAUCUGAUCCAUCACUUGACGCGCAACGAGUCGACCACUGACUGCAAGGCUCUCUAUUUACAUGUGUUGACCACAAACUUAGUGGCCAUACGUUUCUACGAGAAACGACAGUUUAAACGACACCUUUUUUUACCUCUUUAUUACUCAAUCAAUAGCACAGCGAGAGAUGGCUUCUCAUACGUGCUGUACAUUAACGGCGGUCGACCCCAACCAACCCUAUUAUAUCCUUUUCAUUAUUAUAACUGCACUAUAAUAUCGAUAAUGUUAUGCAAUGAAUGUUUGUUUUCCUUAACCGAUAAGUUUACAGAUUAUAUAUCCAUCGUUUUGGAGGCAUUGAGUCGAAUAAGUGCUAACCCAUGCAAAUGGACUAAACGUGUACUUCAAGUGAUGGCAUCCAAGAUGUGCCGAUUUAUACCAAUGAGCGCAACCAAUAGAAACUCUUCGCCGCAUUUGGCCAGUCUG